AUGAUUCAAUUUAUUCUUCUGUUCAGUCGACAGGGCAAACUUCGUUUACAAAAAUGGUACACACCGCAAACGGAGAAGUCGAAGAAGAAGAUCACACGUGAAUUGAUCGCGGCAGUUCUUUCACGUAAACCAAAAAUGUCAAGCUUUCUCGAAUGGAAAGAUCUGAAAGUAGUCUACAAACGAUAUGCUAGUCUUUACUUUUGUUGUGCGAUAGAACAAGAUGAUAAUGAACUACUAACAUUGGAAACCAUUCAUCGUUAUGUGGAAUUGCUCGAUAAGUACUUCGGCAGUGUUUGUGAAUUGGAUAUUAUUUUCAACUUUGAAAAAGCUUAUUUCAUCUUCGAUGAAUUCAUCCUUGGCGGAGAAAUUCAAGAAACAAGUAAAAAAAGCGUUCUGAAAGCUAUCAAUGAUCAAGACAUCAUUCAAGAGGAAGAAUUGGAAGAAAAACGCAGUGUACUCGAAGACCUUGGCUUUGCGUAA